UAAUUACAAAUCCAAAUUUUAGUUUUUUUGUUUUUGUUCGCAGGAUUUUCUCACAAAGUUUGCAGGAUUUUUCUUCUUUUACAAUUUUGGAUUAUGCCUAAUGUUUCAGCUCUUCAGAAGACAAAUUACAAAACUUUAAGAGGAUUCAAUACACUUGAUCCAAAAAUGAGUUACUCUCGUCAAAGCAUGGGUUCUGGAAGUAGAAAUGCAAGGGGAUAUGAAUUUGGAAGGACUUAUGUUGUGAGGCCUAAGGGAAAGCAUCAAGCCACUCUAGUCUGGCUUCAUGGACUUGGUGACAAUGGGUCUAGCUCAUCUCAGCUCAUGGAAAGCUUGCAUCAUCUUCCAAAUAUAAAAUGGAUUUGUCCAACUGCUCCUUCGCGUCCUGUUACAAGUCUUGGUGGAUUUACCUGCACUGCUUGGUUUGACGUUGGGGAAAUUUCUGAAGAUGGUCAUGAUGAUUUGGAAGGUUUAGAUGCCUCAGCUUCGCAUAUUGCUAAUCUUUUGUCUGCUGAACCAGCAGAUGUUCAAGUGGGCAUAGGAGGUUUUAGCAUGGGAGCAGCAAUAUCUCUCUACUCCGCGACUUGUUAUGCUCUUGGACGUUAUGGAACUGGCCAUGCGUAUCCUUUAAACCUACGAGCUGUUGUAGGGCUUAGCGGCUGGCUUCCUGGUUGGAAGAGCUUAAUAAGGAGCAAAAUAGAAUGUUCAUAUGAGGCUGCAAGGCGUGCUGCGUCGUUACCAAUCAUCCUUACACAUGGGACAUCCGAUGAUGUGGUUCCUUAUAGGUUUGGAGAGAAAUCUGCGCAGUCUCUUGGCAUGGCUGGAUUUCGACAAGCCAUGUUCAAACCAUACGAAGGACUUGGUCACUAUACUGUUCCCAAAGAAAUGAAUGAGGUCGUUCACUGGCUCACAGCGAGGCUCGGGCUUGAGGGCUCGUGCUAAACUACAGUGCGAUGCAUCUAGCUAUAUAAACGAUAUGAUCAACCGUUAGAAGAAAGAAUAAAUGGGAAUGAAAAGGAAUUGGUGGAGAGCGUGAAAGAAAACUAGUGUAGACUUGAGAUAGUAUAAUGUAUAAUGGUUGGGUUUCUUGGGGUAUAUAUAGUUCAUGGUUCGUUAUUUUGUGAUUUAUUUUGUCGUUUGUUCUUUUGUCCAUGGUGGAUUCUUCGUCUUUAAUAAAGGGGUUUUAUAUUUA